UUUUUUUCCCGUGUCUGUCGAAAACGGAAGCGAGCGCGGCAUUCGAAAUGCGGCCGCCGCGCGGGUCGCGCGAGGCCGGCCCGUCGCCGUGGAUCAUCAACGCCUCCGCGGUGAACGCAGUGCGAUACGUGUGACGCCGAUGGACACGGUGCGAGGAUAUGUGUCGCCCGAUCGCGAUGCUCUCCGGUGCGCUGCUGGCAUCGUGUCUCCUCCGCUUCUGUGUAGCCACCGAGGAGAACGCGUGCAAAGACAUCUGCGAUCUCAAGAUGGACGCCAUGGUGAAGUUAUUGGGAUGCAUGCGUCAUACAGCGAACGUUCACGUAGGCCACAUUAUUGCCAAGUUCAUGUCCAAUGACGCCUUCCUCACGAGGGCUCUCUGUGGGGCCGGCUACAAUAUCGACAGCCUUCUACGCUUGUUUUUCGCGGAUGACUUCAUGGGCGAGCUGAAGACCGCCGAGCGAAAAUGCCAGAAAGAGUUGCUAUAGUAAUCAAUUAAUGGCUGCUUUACGCUCGUCGAUAUGCUCUCGCGCGUCUCGCCACUGUCACGCGCAAGUUCGCAUCAAAGCGCCCAGCCGGGAUUGUUCGAUGCGUCAAACGAAAGCUAAUCGUUCACACUCUGGUUUUCGCUUUGAAGAAAACAUCUGUGCAACUACGUGCCACAUUUUAUUCGCAACAGCUAUCGCGUUGGGCCAGUCGGCCUAUUUCGAAGCGAAACGAAGCGACGCAGUUAACGUAAACUAAGAAAAGCCGGUAUGUAUUUCGAGGUAGGUGCGCGCUUUAUGCGCGGUCAGCUUGACCUGCUGCUUAAGCUUUUUCUGCUCGGACUCUUGGUAGAUGACCAUUUAUUUUAAAUCGUGACAACUCCACAAAUGACAACAAUCAUGACAGGCGUUCGCGUAAAAAAUACCAAAAGGGCAGUGAGAGUGAAUGAACACUUUUUUUAUCAAGAGCAGAUGAUGUCGAAGCCAGGCGUUUAGGGCUUCGUUGAAAACUAAGAGGGGAUCCAAUGAACACCGGAGAGUUAACUUGUGCGCAGACAGGCUGAUGGCGUGAGUUAGCUGUAUGGCCAGAAAGUGAAAGCCAGCGGAACGCCCUUGCUUCAUAGCUCGCCCUGCUUGCGGGGCACUCAAAUAUUGGGAACAGGAGUUAACUUCGGCAAGGUAACCGCUGUUCUUUUCUGAAUAUUAACGUUUAAAUAUACGGGCGCUUAGCAGUAGCUUACAAAAGCUCGCGAAAGCGGAGACUAUAGUUUACUGUGAGAUGAUAGAUGAGGGUGGUUUCGUUUAAGGGCCUUGCAAAGGUUGAUUGAAAAUCAUCCGCCCAUGUUUGUUGCUUUGGCUCAGUGGGAUUGGGCCUUUAUCUAGUGAGAUUUGGGUGCUAGAUCGCAAAUACCGUGAAUGUAUUUUUAAGUGGACCAUAUUUCAUCACGUCCGAAUCGAACUCACUCACGAAGGCAUUUUGCUGUUAAAACGAACUUUAUGUACAUUGCCUUUUUGUUCUCGACGGUAGCCAGGGUAUGCAUUGAGAGAGAGAGAGAGAGAGACCAAAAAAAAAGCGAGCUGCGAUUUACACCGCUCGAACACGUAUAGCAUGUUCUCAAUGAAGUAUCGCGAAAAAAGAAAGAGUAUAGAAAAUAACGAUCCCAAACAACAGAAACCUCCGCGACAGGUGGGGUUCAAGCCCAGAUUACACACCUGCGCGCAUUUUACCCUUGUACCAGUGACUCCAACAAUGAUGUCAAUGCCAUUAAGUUGUAGACCUUUUUUUUCCCCCAGAUACCACCUGCCUUCAGCAUGCAAAUGCAUUUCUGCAACGUUUGUUUCUGUAUACAUGCUUUCUACGUAAUAAACGCU